AUGAAUCAUCGCGUCGCGGGUACCUCGACCCGCAUUUUUGGCGCGCUUGUCAAGCUUCGGUCAGCAAAUUCUUUCAAUGUAGGAAUCGUCCCUGACGCUGCGCGAGCGAUGGCUUGGACCGUGGACCCGCAAUGGGAGGCGGCGCUAGGACUUGUCGGAACACUCUCCGCCAUAGCCCUGUUCAUAUCACCCAUUAAAACGUUUCAGCGGAUCAUCAGCAGGAGAAGCACGGAGGAUUUCCCGUCCUUUCCCUACGUGUCCACCCUGCUCAAUUGCUUCGUCUGGACGGUCUACGCCCUGCCGUUCGUCACUCCCAACCGCUUUCCACCGCUCGUUACCAAUGUCAUCGGCAUGGUUUUCCAACUGAUUUACCUCGUGCUCUUCGUGCGCUAUGCUAAGGAUAAAGCCCAGAGCCAAGUGCGGCAGCAGCUGCUGGUGGUGUGCUCCUUCCUGCUUCUCUUCACAGCUCUCCUCUUCACCAUCGUGCCUCCUCCCAGCCGCAGUGCCGUGGCUGGAAACUUAGCCACUCUCUUCACUGUCGUCAUGUUUGGUGCCCCCCUCUCCUCGCUGUCUGUGGUGCUGAGGACACGCAGUGUGGAGUUCAUGCCUCUGCCACUGUCCCUCAUGUCAUUCGUUUGUAGCACUUCAUGGAUGGCCUAUGGGAUCUACGUGCAAGACACUUACGUGAUUGUCCCAAACGCCCUGGGUUCACUUCUUGGCAUCAUCCAACUCUGCAUCUACUAUGUGAUCAGCCGCGAGGGAAGGAGGAAGGCACAGGAAGUUGAAAUGAAUGGCGAAAAUAUUCCAUUGCAAGAAAUCAUGACGGUUUCAUUCAUAUACCAUGUCCAGCAGUUUUUUUAG